GUGUGUGUGUGUAUGUGUGUGAGAUUCAGGAGGAGCUGCAACCAGAGCAGUCUCUCUGGGCACUCUCUCUGUGCCGAGCUCACUGCUGUCCUCUCUUCCUCCGUCGCUGGCCUCUUUUCAGUUUCGUCCUCUCGGAUCCCUUCUUCUUUUCAUCCACUACUCAUCCUGUGGAUUUCUUUCCCCCUCCGUCUCUCUGGGAAACAUUCGCAGAGCAGUGCUGUCGUGACUCUCCGGCUGCCACUGCAAGGGAAGGAGAGAGCAGGAGGAAGGAGAGAGAGAGAGAGAGAGAGAGAGAGAGAAGCUGAGACAGACCAAUCGAUUACUCUGGUACAGAGGAGAGAGGCACUGGGAGAGGAGAGACAGUAGCAGUGAUUUUCCCACUCCUUUUGCUUUAAAAGGAGAUUUUCUUUGACUUGUACGGGAGUCUUCUGAAGCAUUCGGUUCACGUCCUUCCCUUGCAAAGAGGGGACAGCUAAUUGAAGGGACAGCUGGUGUGGUUUUGACACAUCAAGGACUCAUCUUCCUUCCCCUCUUCAUCCAAAACUUCCAACAUUUGGGACUUUGGAGGAGGACCGCUUUGGACUGAGAAGUUCAAUGUUUACCAAAUAAUCAAUCUGGAUUCUGAAUGAUAAUGCUGGACACCAACCAUUGCCUGUCCUUCGAACCCUCCCCCCUGGGCUCUCCACCAAUGGGAGACGACAUGGAGAAGGCAGGACUGAAGAUGGAUCACGACAGAGACGUCUAUCACAGCCUGAAAGAAGUACUCCAGCUCAAACUCCAGCAGAGACGAACACGCGAGGAACUGGUCAGCCAAGGGAUCAUGCCACCACUGAAGAGCCCGGCAGCCUUUCACGAACAGCGGAGGAGUCUGGAGCGAGCAAGGACCGAGGACUAUCUGAAGAGGAAGAUCCGGAGUCGUCCUGAGCGCUCUGAGCUGGUCAGGAUGCACAUUCUGGAGGAGACGUCGGCAGAGCCGUCGCUGCAGGCCAAGCAGCUGCAGCUGAAGCGAGCGCGACUGGCCGACGACCUCAACGACAAGAUCUCCCACAGACCAGGUCCCAUCGAACUGGUCCACAAGAACAUCCUGUCUGUCACCUGCCCUCUGCAGCACUCACUGCUGGAUUCUCCAAAGGGAGCCGGGGGAGAGAGCUCGUCUUUAGAUGAAGACAGCAGUGAUGCUCUCUCACCAGACCAGCUAACCAAUCACGACUCUCCCCUGAGUGCCGUCCCUCAGCUGUCCCCCUCUGACGCACUGACCCAGAACGGGGAUGUUUCUCCCACACAGCCCCCUCCUCCACCUCCUCCACCACCCCCUGCGCAGGUGAAUGGCUCAGACUCCUCCCCACCCCCAAAAUUGACAAAUGGAACAACGAUGACCUCAGCAAACUCCCGCCCCUCUACUGGCCAGGUCAAGCAGUCUCAAGCUAAGACGAGUUCAGAUCGUCCUCCACAGAGAUCUAAGAAACCAAAGGACAGCAAACCCAAGGUGAAGAAGCUGAAGUACCACCAGUACAUCCCUCCAGACCAGAAAGCAGAUAAGGAGCGUCCGCCGCAGAUGGACUCGUCCUAUGCGAAGCUCCUACAGCAGCAGCAGCUCUUCCUGCAGCUGCAGAUCCUUAGCCAGCAACAGCAGCACUACAACUACCACACCAUCCUGCCCGCCCCGCCCAAGCCUCCAACCGAGCAACCUCCCACAACCAACUCUGGACCUUCUCCCUCCCGCAGCGUUCCCACGACGACCACCACAACCCCUUCCAAUCAGAGUGGGGCUGCCCGUCAGAGCCAGACUGCGGUGGGAGGGGCCAAACCCGGCGCACUGCCAGCCAACCUGGAUGAGUUCAAAGUCGCUGAGUUGAAACAGGAACUGAAAUUACGUGGUUUGACCGUCUCAGGCACCAAGAAUGAUCUCAUUGAGAGGCUCCGCAACUACCAGGAGCAAAAUGGCGGCGCCACAGCGGCUUUCAAAAACGGCAUAUUACACCCGAGCCAGCAGGGCGCUAACUCGGCUGCUGGCACCAUCACAUCCUCUCCAACCACCACUACCACCCCUGAUCACCUGUCAGGAGAGUGUGGCUUUAGGUUAGCUUUGUCCUCGUUGGCUCACGCGGUCCCUGGGAGAGUCAUGCGUUUUGGCAGCACUAGCUCCAGCCCUCCUGUGUCGCCUACUCCAUCUGAGAGGUCGUUGGCUGGGAUGAGUCCAGAUGAGACGAGCUGUAAUGGAGACAUGUUUGGAGAAAUGGUGAGCUCUCCCUUGACCCAACUCACCCUGCACCCAUCUCCUCAGCACCCGGCAAACAUCUCUCCGCGCUCGCAGUCUCUCUCCAAGGUCAAAGAGGAGAUCCAGAGCCCAUGCAGCCUGUCCAGGUCUUCAGCUGUCUCGGGCCAGCCUCCGGAACCCCUGGCAGUGGUAACCAUGGACACGUCCUCCAUGGACAAGGACCAGAUGCUCCAGGAGAAGGACAAACAGAUCGAGGAGCUGACCAGGAUGCUGAGGCAGAAGCAGAGGCUAGUGGAGACGCUCAGGUCCCAGCUGGAGCAGGGCAAGAUGGCGGGCGGGGUAGUGGUGGAGAAGGAAGGAAGUGAGAGGAGCAAAUCAUCCCCAGAGGUUAAACUUCAAACUCUAAUAAAAGCCUCGGCCAUUCAACCCCCGACUCUCCCGAACGGCGUUGUGGUGAAGGUGAAGAGGGAGGUGGAGCCCGAGGAAGAAAUGGAGGGAGUGACAGAGGAGGCCCAGGCAAAGAAGCUGGCCCAGCCGAUGCAGUGCUCUCAGGAGACUCUGCACAAGCUGCAGCAGAUUCAUCGGCUGCAGGUCCAACAAGCCGAACAGCAGAAACAGCAGCCACAGCAACCCAAACAGCAGCAGAGCCAGGCGCAGCUGCAGAAAGCAGCAGAGGCUAAAUCAAACCCUCAAAAACAACAACAGCAGAAGAAGGAAGCCCCGAUCCUGCUCCGUCAGCAGCAGCUGCAGCAGCUCAUCAUACAGCAAACCCAACAGAAACAGCUCCAGGCCCAGUUAGCGCAGCAGACACUGGCCCAGCAGAAACUCACACAGCAGAAGCUGGUACGGGAGAACCAGCUCAAACAAACACAAGGGCAAGUUCAGCAGAACCAGCAGAAGAACCAAGUUCAGCUGAAGCAGGUUCAGCUGCAGAUCCAGAACCAGACGGUGGCAAGCCAGAAGCCUGCAGUGAACCAAACCCAGCAGAGGAAACAGCAGAAGGCUCAGCAGAGGCAGCAGCAGAAACAGCAGACGGCAGCUGUCGCCACACAACAGGUGACUCCAGUCUUCAUCAACCAACAGAACGGCACUCAGAUCCACACUCAGGCCAUUUCAUUAGACCUGCUCAAGGCCAACGGCACGCCCACACUGGUCACCGACAGCAACGGCAACCACUACCUGAUCGCUCUCACCAGUCCCACCACAGACGGACAGAAUGGAGUGUCCUCGUCGGCCAAAACCAAUGGACGCAUCACACUGCAGAGAUUGCAGUCCACUCCAACUAAACUCCCCAGCACUGAGAGCCAAUCAAAAGAGCAGACGGAGGCCGAGCCUGUGAGCCAGCCAAUCAAAAAGGGACAGAAGACGGGGCUGCACCUGGACACCAACGGUCUUCCACAGUCCAGCCUGUCGGUCACAGCUCCGCCAAACCUGCAGCCUUUCUUCGACGACAUGUCAGACACUGAAAGCCAAAGCAACUUAAUCUCAUCUCUCAAGAGAGAGGAGGUGUGUCCGCCUUACGACCGGCACACACUGUUCACCCCUCCCUCUCCCAAACCCAACACCUCCCUUCCUACUCAACACUCCAAACAGGAGAAUGGCGUGAACAGUCAGCAGAUGGACGACCUGUUUGACAUCCUGCUCAAGAGUGGAGAAAUCCCCGGCUUCAAGACCAACCCGGACCCUGCCCUCGCCCCUCUCCACUCAGACCCACCCUCCCCAUCUUCUCCCCCAUCUCCCCUACACCUCUCCCCUCCCACCCCUACAGAGCCCCUCAUCUCCGCUCAGCCCCCCGUGGCAGCGCCCUGCACAGGCAGCGGACGCCUGGAGGACUUCCUGGAGAGCACCACAGGCGCCCCUCUUCUGGGCGUGGAGCCCGACGGCGGCCUGACACUGAUCGACGACCUGCACAGCCAAAUGCUGAGCACGCCCAGCAUCCUGGACCACCCUCCCUCCCCUAUGGACACGUCUGACCUGGGCUUCUCCCCCCAUUCUACGGGGUUGGACUUUGGCGACCCCACCUUGGACAGCAUGGACUGGCUGGACAUCUCCAUGGUGGGGAGCGCUAGCGGAGGGAGCGGGGGCGGCGGAGGGGGGAGAGGAGGAGGAGGGGGAGCCGAUGAAGGAGACGGGGGGACGAGUCUGGCCCCGCUGGCGCCGCACACUCCGCCGAGCGUCUUCUCGGCUGAUUUUCUGGACAGCACGGACCUGCAGCUGCAAUGGGAGUCGUGCCUGUAGCUCCACGCGUAGAUGGACGCACACUCGCUCACGCACUGUGUACAGGCUCUGUCUUUAUUUCAUGCACAUACAGAAACCUUCUCUAUGCUGUCUCCACCACUGCAGGGGUCACUGGCACAUGCACACACACACACGCACACACAUUUACACAGUUUGCCCUGUCUUUCACUGGCUGUUACUCUAUGCAGGAUGAGGUGAAAUAAGAAAGGAACAUAGAAAUUAAAUUCAUAGAAAGGACUUGAACUUGGUGGGACUGACGUGGACUUUGUGGAUUUUAAUUCUAUGGGAAAAAAAAAAAUCCCUUCUCCUGUGUCCUGACCUGCAUUUUAUAACCGGGUGAAAGUGAA